AUGGCUUUGACAACGUGGGCUCUCGGCCCCGCUCUGCGGCUCUGUGCUGCUGGCCCUGCCUGCUCCUGGGAGAUGCUGCACGUGGCCGGAGCAGGUGUGUGCGGCUGCUGCGGUGCCCUGCGUCCUCGCUACAAAAGACUCGUCGACAACAUCUUCCCCGAGGACCCAGAGGAUGGUCUGGUGAAGACCAACAUGGAGAAGCUGACAUUUUACGCUCUGUCUGCCCCAGAGAAGCUGGAUCGCAUCGGUGCCUACCUCUCCGAGCGGCUAAUCCGAGAUGUGAGCCGGCAUCGAUAUGGGUACGUGUGUAUCGCCAUGGAGGCACUGGACCAGCUCCUCAUGGCCUGCCACUGCCAGAGCAUCAACCUCUUCGUGGAGAGCUUCCUGAAGAUGGUGGCGAAGCUGCUGGAGUCAGAGAAGCCCAACCUGCAGAUCCUGGGGACCAACUCGUUCGUGAAGUUUGCCAACAUCGAAGAGGACACCCCAUCUUACCACCGCAGCUACGACUUCUUUGUCUCCCGCUUCAGUGAGAUGUGCCACUCCAGCCACGACGACCUCGACAUCCGGACGAAGAUCCGGAUGUCUGGCAUUAAAGGCCUGCAAGGAGUGGUGAGGAAGACGGUGAACGACGAACUCCAAGCCAACAUCUGGGACCCACAGCACAUGGAUAAAAUCGUGCCCUCACUGCUCUUCAACUUACAGCAUGUAGAGGAGGCUGAAAGCCGCUCCCCCUCCCCGCUGCAAGCCACCGAGAAGGAGAAGGAGAGUCCUACGGAGCUGGCAGAGAGGUGCCUGCGGGAGCUGCUGGGCCGAGCAGCAUACGGCAACAUCAAGAACGCCAUCAAACCCGUACUCAUCCACCUGGAUAACCACUCACUCUGGGAGCCGAAGAUCUUUGCCACUUGCUGCUUCAGGAUCAUCAUGUACUCAAUCCAGCCGCAGCACUCCCAUCUCGUCAUCCAGCAGCUCCUGGGGCACCUGGAUGCCAACAGCAAGAGCGCGGCCACCGUGCGCGCAGGUAUCGUGGAAGUCCUCUCGGAGGCAGCAGUGAUCGCAGCCUCCGGAUCUGUUGGCCCCACGGUUUUGGAGGUGUUUAACACCCUGCUGAGGCAGCUGCGGCUCAGCAUCGACUACGCGCUGACGGGGAGCUACGACUGCGCUGCCGGCGUCAGCACCAAGAUCAUCAAGGAGCACGAGGAGAGGAUGUUCCAGGAGGCCGUCAUUAAAACCAUAGGGUCCUUCGCCAGCACGCUGCCCACCUACCAGCAGUCUGAGGUGAUGGUCUUCAUCAUGAACAAGGUGCCGCUACCCUCCUCGCAGCAGCCCAUCGAGGCUGGCAAAGCUGGGGAGAACCGGAAUCGGCUGACACAGAUAAUGCUCCUGAAGUCCCUCCUCCAGGUCUCUGUGGGCUUCCAGUGCAGUAACAUGCUCACGGCACUUCCCAGCGCCUUCCUGGAUAGGUUGCUCUCCGCAGCCCUCAUGGAGGAUGCUGAGAUCCGCCUCUUUGUCCUUGAGAUCCUCAUCAGCUUCAUCGAUCGCCAUGGGAACCGGCAGAAAUUCUCCACCAUCAGCACCAUCAGCGACAUCUCGGUCCUGAAGCUGAAAGUGGACAAAUGCUCGCGCCAAGAUACUGUCUUCAUGAAGAAGCAUGGCCAGCAGCUCUACCGGCACAUCUACCUGAUAUGCAAGGAGGAGAGCAAUGUGCAGGCUCACUAUGAGGCUCUCUACAGCAUGCUGAUGCUCAUCAGCAUCGAGCUGGCUAACGAGGAGGUCGUGGUGGACCUCAUCCGCCUGGUGCUGGCCGUGCAGGAGAUUGCCCAGAUCAACGAGGAUAACUUGACAGCGUACAACCGCUGUGCGCUCUUUGCCCUCGGUGCAGCUUACCUGAACCUCAUCAGCCAGCUCACCACUGUGCCCACCUUCUGCCAGCACAUCCAUGAGGUCAUCCAGAUGCGGCAGAAGGAAGCUCCCUAUCUGCUCCCUGAAGAGGUGUUUGUGGAGAGACCCAGGUUGAGCAAAAGCCUUGACCGCCUGGGCCCGGAGGUCUUCUUCUGGCAGAGCAAGAUCAGUGAGGUGCUGGGCGGCAGCGGCUACAAUUCGGACCGGCUGAGCACACCCUACAUCCCCCAGCUGACGGAUGAAGAUCGCUUGUCCAAGAGGAAGAGCAUUGGUGAGACCAUUUCCCUGCAGGUUGAGGUGGAGUCGAGAAACAGUCCUGAGCGAGAGCAGAGAGCACCAGCAGAAGAGAUCACAUACGAGACGCUGAAGAAGGCGAUAGUAGACAGCGUCGCCGUGGAGGAGCAGGAGCGGGAACGGAGGCGGCAAGUGGUGGAGAAAUUUCAGAAAGCCCCAUUCGAGGAGAUUGCCGCCCACUGCGGUGCCCGGGCGACGCUGCUGCAGAGCAAGCUCAACCAGAUCUUCGAGAUCACCAUACGGCCACCGCCAAGCCCCUCCGGCACCAUCACAGCCGCCUACGGCCAGCCCCAAAACCACUCCAUCCCGGUGUACGAGAUGAAGUUCCCAGACCUGUGCGUGUAUUGA